AUAAGAAGAUAGGUACCCCUAUAUAGGAAGUGUUAAUUGGCAUUUCCGGUUAAUUAGUUAAUCCUUCCGGUUAAUUAGUUAAUCCUUCCGGUGACUUCCGGUAAACAAUAGGGGAGUGUUAAUGAGUUAAUUGGGGUGUCCUUCCGGCGGAAGUUACGUAAUGAGGGUACAUCCCCUGGAGGAAGUUCUUUUGUUUACAUCAUUCAUUCAUUCAUGGAGAGGUGGAGGAUGGACGUGUGUAGGGUACGAGGGACAAGGACCAAAUGACCAAACAAUGGGCCACCCGGCAUGUAUGUUGAAUGUGUGUGUUACCGACCAAUGAGAAUGCGAGGAUUUUUUUAGAAAGGAAGUGACCCAAAGUUGGUACUUGUUUGUGAUUGGACGAGAGAAAAUGGUGAACCUAUGGGCAAGUAUCAUAUGACAUCUAACUGUCGUUGAGUCAACAUCGCUUUGUUUUUGUUGUAAUACUGGCCAGAUUCUAUAAUGUACCAUGAUUUCUACAUGUGAUUUAAUGCACAAGCUUCGGGCAUGUACAUGCCUGGAAGAAGUAUCGAGUUUUCGUGAGGAAUAUUAUGAAGACCUUGAACCAGAACAACAUGCUUUGGUAUUUGCAAGGUCAUCCUACUUUUUGAGUUUGCAGGACUUGGAAGAUGGCAUUUCCGAUGACCAUUUAAUGGAGAUGGACAUCAAUACAAAUAAGCCAUGUGACGCAACAUCAGUACCUGGCCCCUCUAACCGCCAACCAGCAGCAACAGCAGUGGCUGGACCCUCCCGCCAUCCAGCAUCAGCAGUGGCCGGACCCUCCCGACAACCACCAGCAGUGGCUGGCCCUUCCCGUCAACCAAGAGCAGUGGCCGGACCCUCCCGACAACCACCAUCAGUAGCCGGGCCCUCCCACAGUCAACCAAGAGCAGCAGCAGUAGCCGGACCCUCGUCUUUUCAUGUUGGGGGAUCUAAGAAACGUGUUGUAGAUGCACCGCCUGCAAGAGAACCCAAUCUCCCUACUCAUCACGUGACCAAAGUGAGUCAAAAACAUGUACGCAAAUACAAUGCUAAUGUAACUGAUUACACCGUUUCUUUCCAACCCAUAGAAAAUAACGGUCCCAUGAUAGAAAUGAUGCCACGCGUAAAUGAGAUGUUUGAAAAUAUCAUUGAAGAGAUGGUUGAGGGGGUAAAUGAUAGAGAUUUUGUUAGGAUUGUUUUCAUUUCCCCACAAUUAGAUAGACCCGUUAGUAUGCCAUUUGUAAGGAGGGAUCAAAUGAAUCACGAAGCAUUUGCAACCAAACUUGAGAAUACUAUUCAAUCGAAUGAUAAGGUAAGCUUGGACGAAACAGUCUCUUUCAACAUAUUACACAUGGCUAUGCCAAAUGGUGGUGGUUCCAAUGUGAAGUGCUUAACCAUCGAAGAGACAUUGUCCAGAAAAAGAUGCAUCAUCAGGAUGAAGAAUAAAGAUAACAUGUGUUGUCCAAGGGCUAUCGUAACUGGCAUUGCCCGGAUUGAAAAACACCCUAAUUUUGAGUCGAUCAAACGUGGUUACAAACAGCAAAGGGAAUAUGCCAUUGAGCUGUAUAAACAGGCCAAACUUCCAGAAAAUACCAAAUGUGGCAUCGAAGAGAUUAAACUCUUCGAAAAGACGGAAUUCAUGGCCGGUUUCAGGGUGGUGGUUGUUUCAAAAGAGCACUUAAACUUCAUUACGUAUGCUGGCCCCGAAGACAGGCAGCAUACCAUUUAUCUGUAUGUUCAUGACAAUCACUUUGAUCUCAUUACAUCAAUGGCCGCCUUCUACAACAAGUCAUAUUUUUGCCACGAGUGUUUGGUAGGAUACGACAAGAAACUCAGACACGACUGCAUUUUCCGCUGCAAACUUUGCAAGGGAGAUGACUGCCCCGCCUCCAAUGACCCCGAUUCCUACAAAUGCAUUAGCACCUGACUUGAUGUACAAAGAGCAUUAGCGCCUUUACACCUUCUUAUUUUGUUUUCUUUAAAC